AUGAGUCUGGCCUCACUUCGGUCUACUGUUCCGUACACAUCAGUCACCCCUCUGAUUUACGGGAUACAGGCACAGCUGUUGACUGAGGAACUUUUCAAAGUCAUAUGUCUUGAAAUUGUCCAUCAAUUUAUUAAAGUGUUUUUCGCCAUCCUUUCUUCGUCUUCCUCAGGUGAAUCUACUCAAAACAACCCUGUAAUACUUCCAUGUAUAUUUUGUCAAACUACCCACAAAUCUGCAUAUGAACUAUCGAAUCAUUUAAAGCAAGUGCAUCAAGUAGAUCUCGAUCAAUUUACACCUCGAAUUUAUUAUGACCUUCAAGGUGUGGAAUUAAACACACAGACUGAUGAGCAUAUGAUUGAAGCGAAACAGUUUACAAUGGAAAAACGGUUGAAUCAUGACUCAAAAAAUGGAAGUGUAGAAGAUUUGCAUUUCACUCAGUAUCCUUUCAAUCCAGUUGCUUUCGUUAGCAAGACAAGUAAAUUAAUUAAGGAUGAAACUAACAGAAGAAAAGUGUUUUAUGGAAGACAUGAUAUGUGCGAAUAUUGUGGUAAAAUAUUUCGAAAUUGUAGUAAUCUCACUGUACAUCGACGUACUCAUACAGGCGAAAAGCCAUAUCAUUGUAAUUUGUGUUCAUAUGCAUGUGCUCAAUCGUCAAAGCUAACAAGACAUAUGAGAACGCAUACUAAGCAAAAUCACGUUCAUCGGGAAGGUAAAUUGAACUCCACUUACUCUGUACACUUAGAAGAUUAA